CAAUCUUUUUCCACUUUUUUCAGCCUCUCUCUUUCCUUUUUUAGACAAUUGCUUGCUCUCCACCUCUUCACAAUCAUUCCACUUCUACAUCCACCUUUACUCACUUUCCUUUCCUCUUUUAGCUCAACCCCAAAAAAACUAAAUAUUCUUUGUGAAUUUUUCUUUUUUUUUUUUUGUGAUAAUGGAUCUUAAAAACGAUUUAUCACUUGGGUUACAACUUGAUGGUGAAAUUAGUUAUUCUAAUAAAAAAGAAAUUAAGCUAAAUGUUAUUUCAAUCAAAGAGGAAGAACAAGAAGAAGAACAAUUCAUGGAGGUUCCAAAACCAUUACAAAGUUUACAAGAAGUGGGACCUACUCCAUUUCUAAAUAAGACUUUUGAGAUGGUGGAAGACCCAAAAACUAAUUCAAUUAUUUCAUGGAGUGUUACUUGUGAUAGUUUCAUUAUUUGGGAUCCUCAUAAAUUCUCCAUUGAAUUGCUUCCUAAGUAUUUUAAGCAUUCUAAUUUCUCCAGCUUUGUUCGUCAACUUAAUACUUAUGGAUUUAGAAAAGUCCAUCUUGAUCGAUGGGAGUUUGCGAAUUCAAAGUUUCAAAGGGGGGAGAAGCAUUUGUUGAAGACAAUCAAGAGAAGAAACCAUGCUUCAAAUAACAAUGCUAGACUACUAUUCCAAAAAGAGGCUGAAAUACAAAACCUUAGGAAAGAACAGGAGGCACUCACACUCGAAAUCCUCGAUCUGAAGCAAGAACAACAGGAAUCGAAUACAUGCUUAGCUUCAAUGGUAGAUCGUAUAAAGUCGGCUGAAUGGAAGCAAAGGGAGUUCAUUAUGCUCAUUGCUAAGGCAAUGAAAAGAACUCCCUCGUUCCAACAGCUGAUUCAAAGCUACCGAAACAAGAAAGAUCUCGGUAAUGGACAAGGACAAGUAUCGAAGAAACGUCGAUUAACUGCAAAUGACAGUAUAAUGAACACAUUUAUGGAAAAGGGUAUCAUCCAUCAUUCUGUUUUCAAGGACAAGGACAAGUCUCAGGACACUGAUGUAUGUCCUAGCUUAGUGCCGGACCAGAAAUCGAACUUGACAUCAGAGACUAGUAGUCCUGAUUUGUCUUCUGGAAACUACAUAAUGUGGGAGAAGUUAAUGGAGGAUGAGGUUAUAUGUGAAGAGAACAAUAAAGAGAAUGCAUUUGUGGUUGAUCAAAGUAAGUAUGUUCUUGAAUUGGAGGAUUUGAUUGCAAAGCCAAAUAGUUUAAUUGGGUUUACAAAUGUGGGUGAAAUAGUUUGUCCAUCAGGACAGUAGGACAUUGAUGUGCAGGAAGAAGGAAGAAAUAGGACAUUUAUGACUUUCCUAUUGAUUAGAGAGGGUUCAAAGAAAGUGUAGUUCCUAUAAAGAUACAUGUAUAGUGCAAAAAUACAGUCGUGGAAACGGUUGCAAACUGGUAUCUCGGUUUCAGUAAACUUAAAAAUCUUUACGAAGUUUCAAAAAUCUUAAGUGGUAUUUCGGUUUUAGUAAACUUAAAAACCUUAAGUGGUAUCUCGGUUGCAGUAAGUUUAGAGGUUGCAGUAAACUCAAAUACUUUACGAGAUUCCAGUAAAUUCAAAUACUUUUACGAGGUUAUAAUAAAUUUAAAAACCUUUAUGAGGACGCGAUGCGAUGAUGUGACGUGACCUUACAGUAUGGAUAUAUGUGCAGUGUUUGUAUGCUAAUUUUUCUCUUCAAUUUCAGUCCCCAAUCCCACUAACAAUGUAGGGAAUUUGUUAUUGUACUUAGGCUUACAUUACCUUUCUCUUUAGGUUAUGCGUCCCUAUUUGUAUAUGCAUUAUUGUUCACAUUUGGAUAGGGACUUUAAUAGUGGUGAUUGUAUGAUGUAGUUUUUGUGUUAUAACUUCUGUAUCUAUGAAUGAAAUUUAGAUUCUCUAAUAAUCUUUGAUUUACUACAUUUACUGUUAAAAGAGUUUAGUCAGGCGGGGGACCACUCCUUGAAGAACUUUGAUUCAAUCACAUGCUACCACGAGAUAACUGUACUUCAUUUUGAUUCAUUCUUGUUUGAAACAUAAGCAAGCCACACCGAAGGCCGGCCCGUUCUCUUGAAGAAAAUGCAAUCAUUUUGGGUUUAGCCCUCUUAGUAAUAUAUUAUAUAAUAUAAAGAGUACAUAAUUAUAACAAAAAUUACUAUAGGUCAAAGGUUGGAAUAACAUAUUUGUAAUCUAAAAUUAAUGGAUCAAACUUAAAUUUGAACUAUUAUUUUUUGGUAGACUAAUAAAUUUAAUGAAUACUAUAAUGUCAU